GAGCGCGGAGAAAGUGAAGUACUGAACUUAAAGGUGACGGUUCGUAUUUCGGUUUUACGAACAGUUCGUGUUGUCAACGAACGUUAGCCUGCGUCGCUUAGCUACUGGCGUUAGCAACCGUAGCUCGUCUGAAAAGUGGCUUAACUAGCAUGAAGCCUCACCUCGAAGACAUUAGCAACUGUAGCUACGUUUACCUGAAACAGGGGAAAGUGACAGGUGCCAAAAUGGAUGUUGAUAUUAAAUCCUGAGUCUUACUGUUUUGUUUCCCCGUUGUUUACCAACACAAGAGGGGGAAAAUACAAAAGGACAGGAUGGAGUCCACAGAGGAAAAGCAGGUAAACCAGCAUCCACUCCAGCGGUUGAUCCGACUGAGCUUCGGGUCAAAAUGUGGGACAGUCAGUUGUCUGAAAACGUGUCUCGGGUGAAGAGGAGGUGACCCUUCGUCCUCCGAAGAUGGCAAACCUUGUGACAUCGCUGUGCUGUGUGGUUCUGGCCGCCGUGGUGGUAGCCUACGCUCAGAGGCGCAGUCAGCUGGUUGCCAGGAACCAGUAUGAGCGGAUGUCCAGUGAUGUCACCAUGCAGUGCGGCUCCCUGGACAGCGACGCCUCGGUGUCGUGGAAGGUGAACGGCACCGAUGUGAAGGCCCAGCACCGUCUGGAGGGUCCCAGACUGAUCCUGAGCCAGGUGGGCCUGGGCCACAACGGGCUCUACAGCUGCUUUCAGAACCCCAACGGGGAGCGACGCGACACCAUCUACCUUCACAUCGGCAUUCCCCCCCGGGAGCCUGCAGUGACGUGUCGCUCCAACACCUACCCCAAAGGCUUCUACUGCAGCUGGCACCAGAUGCAUCCCACGUACAUCCCCACCACCUUUGAAGUGGAUGUGCAACACGUCCAGCGUUCGUUGGAGGUGCAGAAAGACUCGGUCCACAAGAACCGCUGCCACGUCCGCUUCCCGGAGGUCUUCUCCAGCUUCCCCUACAAGGUCAACGUGACGGCGGUCAACGCGCUGGGCAAAGCCUCCACCACCAUAUCAUUCGAAGAGUCCAGCAUCGUGAAACCGGACCCCCCGGAGCGAGUGACUGCGACCCCGAUCCGUGACAACCCUCGCCGGCUUGAAGUAACCUGGCACAACCCCUCCACCUGGCCCGACAUCGACAACUUCCCUUUGAAAUACUUCCUUCGAUACCGGCCGCUGAUCCGAGAGCAGUGGCAGCAUGUGGAGCUCUCUGACAGCGUCUCCCACACCAUCACCGAUGCCUACGCUGGGAAGGAGUACAUCAUCCAGGUGGCCGCCAAGGACACCGAGAUCGGAACGUGGAGCGACUGGAGCGUCGCCGUCCACGCCACGCCCUGGAUCGUGAACCCUGUGCCCAGCACGCCCACGACCGAAGUGGACCUGGUCCCCGAGACCAGGACUUCCCCCAUUCCGUCGUCCAAAGCGCCGCAGAAGGGCGAGCCUCCCGUGGGCCGAGCUGCCAGGCUCCUCACGGUCUUCUCACCCUUGCUGUUGGGAAUGCUGCUGCUGUUGAUGUGAUGUAAAUGUCUUAAUUCUUAAGGGAAACGAGAAGUAGGAGGAAGAAAAAGAGGCAGAGGAGGCUGGUCUUUUUUCUAUUUUGCACAUGUUUCAAGGAUUCGGUGCAUUGAUCAUUUCUGUCCAUCACUCGGUUUCUCACCAAGAUUUCUCAGACACAAAGUCGGAUGACGAUAAUGCGAUUCAGCGUAUGUGAUUAAUGGCGACUAAGGACGAACGGGGGGACCUUUGGAGAGCGGCGUCAUCAUCAUCAUCAUCAGCAGCAGCAGCAGCAGCAGCAGCCCUGUGUUUGCUCCGCUGGCUUCAUGGGACCCGGUCGACCAGUUCCUUGGUUCGGUUUGAGAAUCAGCUGAAGGAAAAGGAAAAACCUGCUCAUAGCGCUUCUUUUUUAUUGAUCAAUUUAUAGUCUUGAUUUCUAUCUUUUCUUCCUAAAGAGUGCAACAGUACACACACAAACACACACACACUUUUAUAAAGCAUGUGUGUCUGUGCGUCUAUCGCAGCAGUCUCCAUAAAUGCCAAAGACUCAGCUCCACCCCCAACAAAAUGGUUUCCAAACAGUGAAUUGAGCUUCCUGAAGCCUGUGCCUGCCUUCCUCACGGGUUGAAAACCCCCAGAAAGUUCAGUGUGUGUGUGUGUGUGUGUGUGUGUGUGUGUGUGUGUGUGUGUGUGUGUGUGUGUGUGUGUGUGUGUGUGUGUGUGUGUGUGUGUGUGUGUGUACCGGACCUGUGCCGACUCCGACGGUGUAGCAGACAAACGUGGGACAAAUCAGAGGAACCCGGAGCUCUUGUUUGUGAAACAACCAUUUGACAAAGACGCCGCUGAAAUGCUCAAUCAGACUUUCAAUCUGUUUGCCUCCAGCGACUGAAUCAAACUGACGGGGGCUCGGUUUUAGCCACGAGGAUUAACACUUGGAAGAAUCCAGUAUCGGUAGUCUGGCUUAUUUAGACAACUAGCUUUACAUUCUGCUUUCAGCAACCGGCGACGAGGACUCGGAUUGUGAAAAUAAAGUGGAUUUGAGACUGAACUGUUCUCUGUUCGUCCAUCUCUGGUUUCCUUUCAGCGUUGUAUUGAAGCUUAUUGACAGCGCUUGUUGACACAUACGUGACGAUACGAUACGAGUUGUGCUGGUUUUCCAUUCUGCUCUUUGCUGUAAAAUACAAUAACACAAAACCGUUUACUUUCCAAAUUCUUGCCUUUACGAACAUUAUGAACAAACGUCUUUUUGCAGUUUACACUUCAAUAGCCAAUAUCACCAGUUAAUAUUAUGUUACUCAAAGGAAUAUUGAUGUGUUUUAUUGUAUUUUUUUGGAUUUAAUGGACAAAUAAUAAAAACACAAAUAUAGAAUUUUAGUUUUUUUCAGACAUUCAUAAUGGCUUAAUUCUCCUUGAUCCUAUUUUGUAAACUAUGAUAUGUAACUUUAACAUUGAACAAAAAGUUUAUUAUUUAAUAAUAAUAAUAAUGUAUGUAUUAGCUUUAGAAUGUCGUAACCUGUACCUGGGGUCUUUUUUAUAGAUGUAUAUACAAUGACAGGUUUCAACCAUUAAAUGUGACCAUUUCACAAUGAAUGAUGA